GGGAGGCGUCCACGGCAGCGUCGGGACGCUCCGGCAGGGGAGAGACGCGCCCAGCCACAACAGAUGGCGUAGCGGCGAUGGACGCCAGCACGCCGGCGCCCAACGCGACGUCGUCGCCGUCGGCGGCCCAGGCGGAGCUGGUGCGGCGCCUCUACCUGUACAGCGUGCCGCUGCUGGUGGCCUUCUGCGUCACGUCCAUCGCCGUGAACGCGCGCGUGCUGCUCGCCGUGUGCUGGAUCCGCCGCCCGCUGUCGCCCACCCUCUACAUCAGCCUCAGCCUGGCGGGCGCCGACGCGUACACGUCCUUCCUGUACGGCCUGCACCUCGUCGUGCACAGCCUGCUGCCCACCGCCUGGGGCGUCAACAUCUACCAGCACUACACGUGCCUGUGGAUGACCCUGGAGGUGCUGCGGCUGUCCGGGGUGAUCGUGGGCGUGAUGCACCUGCUCGCGCUCGCCGGCAACCACUACCUGGGCAUCCGGCGGCCCCUGCACUACGCCUCCAUCAUGACCCACGCCAACACCACGGCCUGCAUCGUGCUGCUGUGGCUGCUGCCCACGCUCUUCUUCUUCGCGUACUUCUCGUCCGUGCCGGGCGAGGCGUUCCAGUCGCGCUACUGCGAGGACCACUCGUUCAUCACGUAUCGCAAGUUCCGGGUGGUGUUCUCGUCGCUGUUCUUCACGCCCCUCGCCGUGAUGCUCGUCAUCUACGCGCACAUCUUUGCCAUCGUGAGGCGCCACCAGGCGCACCGGCUGCGGUUCAGCCGGGGCUCGCGACACGGUGACGCCGAGCGGCUGCAGCAGCGCCAGCGCCAGAUCUCUGGCGCGGUCAAGGCAGUGCACACCACCCUGCUCAUCCUCGGCUCGUUCGUCGUGGGCUGGCUGCCCGCCGUCACCGUGUUCGUGCUAGUGUGUUACGACUGCGCCGUGACGCUCGACUCCAUCAGCAUCCUGCAGCUGGUGCCCGUCAACACCGUCGUCAACCUGCUCGUCAUCUGCAAGACCCUGCUCAACCCCAUCAUCUACGCUGCACGCAUGCAGGAGAUCAAGAUCGCCAUCCGGCUGAUGAACAUGAGCCUAUGCCACUGUUGCUGCCCCAACAUGGAGUCCCACCAUGAUGACCUGUUCGGCAACAGCGACUACUCUCAGCACUACCGCGCGAGCACGCUGGGCCGCAACAGCACGCACCUACACCGAGCCCGCACACAGCACGGUUCCAGCAACGGCAGCGUGGCAGCGGGCCAGGACGCCACGCAGACACGGCGAGCCAGCUCGCACAAAGGGAACAGCACCACCACCACCACAGACCUGUAGGACACUGUGGCGCGCACGCCUGUUUCCGUGGGGUGCAAGCGGGCGACUGCUCCAACACACGAGAAUGUAGCGACCCCGCUGCGGCACGGCAAAGGCAGCGGUGUUGCGGCCAAAAAGCCCCAGCUCGCACGGGAGAAAUAUCCACCCCCACAGGUCUCGGACUCCCGCGAUAGACGUGCCAUGCAAGGCUGCAUACAAACACAGCCUGAACGGAUGCACAUGCAGCAUUUCUGCAGGCUAAGAUAUAGCCAAGAUUCCUCCGGAGGACUCGGGGACGAUGAAAACACCAACACGCACCUCUACAUGCUUGAAAAGAUGUUGCAUACUCAAGUGCAGCACUGCUGUGAGACCAGAUGCUCCUCACAGCAUCUCCACAAGAACAGGAGGAUAACACAGCUACUGUGAACCUCAGCUUCCCUCGGCUGGGCAUCACACCGUCUUCAGCCAGCGAGACAUUAAAGUCCAUCUCGGGCUACCUAGCUUUAUGCAGCUACACGGCCACACGCGGCCAAAUGGAAUACUUCACAGCCAAUCAACAGUUUCUUUGAACAUAUUAAAACAAGAAUAAGCACUAUUACAACAUGGCUUUGAAAUUACUGACUUAACAGAAGUUAAAAUUGUACACAGAAUUUAAAUAAAAAUCUGUUAGACAAAUUUUUUGGGGUAGUGGGGAGUUGAAAGACCAAAGAUUAUUGCAGGUAAUUACAAAAUGCUAAGCAAACCCUAUCUAAACAGUGAAGAGAGAAUACAGUGCUGAAUUUAAAAUGUGCAACUUCUUGGAUACGUAAAACAAUACCUAAAAUUUAAUUAUUUUGUCUCUUAGUUUUUUUGUGAAUAAUUUGAUGUAAAUAAGUUUAGUAUGCAAUAUUAAGGAAUCAUAAUCAAUAACUUAACCACUUACAAGGAAUAAGAAUUUACAUUUCCUAUUUAUUCAUGCAUAAGGAAUCACCUCUGAGUGGGUAAGAAGUUAAUAUAAAUUCAUUUUGUAUACAAGCCAUUAAUUUAUUUUAAAAAAUUAAAAGGCUUAUUCAGGAUGUCUAAAAAUACAUAGGGAACCACUUUUUCUGGAUCUUUAAAUAAAUUUUUGUUAUAACUUAUAUAUAUAAUAAAAAUUAAUUAUAAUACAAAAUACAUUUUCAAUUUGUAGCAACAUGCCAAGCUAAAACCUUAUCAAAGAUACUUUCUCAUGAUUCAAUAGGACAGUCUAUAACUAUAAUAAUGCUAAGGUGAGACAUCAACAAACAAAAAGCAAGUUAGCAAAAGGCCGCUGCAUAUUAAAGUAUUGUCUCUUCCCACAAUGUUACUGUUUUUUUUUUAUUCCUUCAGUUUCAUUACUUUUUCAUGACAUCAGUGACCUGUAUAUGCCCUGUUUUUAUAUUUACAGCAAAAUUCAAGACCUCUGGUUCAUAUAUAUUUCAUAAUUCCAAUUUUUAUUAUAUAAGCCUUUCUUUCUAGCCAUACAACAUCCACCUCCCCAGUUCACUUCAUAAUAACUUUACCAUAUCUUGCAAAUACUAGAGAAAACAAAUUUAUAACUUCCCAGAUUUACUAAAAGAUACUGGAAUAUUGAAAAGAACUUUCAUCUACUGUAUAUAAUAUACAGAAACAUAAUAUUUGUAAAUGAGAAGGGUUCAAAAAAUCUGAGA